CUCCGCGUCACAGCCAGGCAACACGGCGGGAUUUUCAGACGGCUGCAGAUUUUUUUCCCCUCCCCUGGUUAUGUUUCAUGUUUUUGCUGCGCUCGGACUCGGCGGUUAUUCUAUAAUAACUUUACAUUCUUUGGUAACGAAGACGUGUGUGGCAUUGUAGACGUGAUAAUAUAACAAACAAACAAACCAGAAAUUGGAUUAACUCUAGCUAAUCUAAUUUAAGGCUAAGCAAUUCAGCGGAUAGCUGUCAGUGAGCUAGCUUGGUUAGCGUCUCAGUGCUGUAGCUAGGAGGAAAUGUAUUGAUGUAUAAUUAUGGAUUAAGAGACGCUUCGUUUAAGUUUGCUUGUUGUGUGACCGACUGAAUAUUAUAAGUAUUUGUAAAAUUACACUGUUAGACACAAUGGACAGCCAGCAGCACCGCUAUAACUCCUCCAGUCAGGGACGAGAGAACAAACCGCAACGGAAAAAGGCUUUCGGUGGAGCCGGACCUGCACCGUGUGCGACCUGGGGAAACGAUGACGCGGAGAAAAAACUCAAGUUUCCCUUAAACAUCAGAACACUUACUGAUGAUGUGCUGGACCGAUUUGCGAGUAUUCGUAUCCCGGGCAGUAAGAAGGAGAGGACCCAGCUUUCCCACAUGACCAAGCAGUCCUCCUGUGAUUGGUCUACCUCUUCUGAGUUUGAGGAUCUCUCCUCCAGGAUCACUUCGGAGAAGGAGAUUCUUGCUCUCUUUGAGAAAAUGAUGGAGGAUAUGAACUUGAACGAAGAUAAGAGAGCUCCACUCAGAGAGAAGGACCUGAGCAAAAAGAGAGAGAUGGUCCUUCAGUAUAUUGUUACAGCGGCUAAAACAGGCAGUCUGAAGAGCAGCAGCCAUCAGAUAUCUCCUCAAGAGUUUCUCAGUGAACUGAAAAGUGGAGCGACUGAUGAGAGGCUGUUUGCCUGUCUAGAUUCUCUCCGAGUCUCUCUCACCAGCAAUCCAGUCAGCUGGGUGCAGAGUUUUGGUCAUGAAGGCCUCGGACUUCUUCUGGACAUACUGGAGAGGCUGCUACACAAAAAACACCAAGAGAAGGUUGAUAAGAGGAGUCAGCACAAAGUCAUCCAGUGCCUAAAGGCUUUCAUGAACAACAAGUAUGGACUGGAGCGGAUCCUCGGGGAAGAGAAGAGCUUGGCACUGCUGGCCCGAGCUAUGGAUCCUCAUCAGCCUGCCAUGAUGACGGACGUCGUGAAGCUGCUCUCUGCCAUCUGCAUAGUGGGAGAGGAAAACACCUUGGAGAAGGUGCUUGAAGCAAUCACCAGUGCUGGGGAAAGGAAGGAGUCCAGCCGUUUUAGCCCUAUAGUCCAGGGUCUCACUGACCGCUCCGUCCAGCUCCAGGUGGCUUGUAUGCAGCUCAUCAAUGCUCUCGUUACGUCUCCUGAUGAGUUGGACUUCAGGCUGCACAUCCGAAAUGAGUUCAUGCGCUGCGGCCUGCGAGAGAUAUUGCCGACUCUGUGUGCUAUCAGAAAUGAGGCUCUGGACAUCCAGCUGAAGGUAUUUGAGGAGCAUAAAGAGGAGGACAUGAUGGAGUUUUCCCACCGCCUGGAGGACAUUAGGAGUGAAUUUGAUGAUGUGGGAGACGUGUUUAACACGGUGUACAGUCUGGUGAAGGACACGGCCGCCGAGACGCAUUUCCUCUCCAUCCUGCAGCACCUGUUGCUCGUCAGGAACGACUGUUUUGUUCGGCCUCAGUACUUUAAGAUCAUAGAGGAGUGUGUGUCUCAGAUUGUACUACAUCGCAGUGGGACAGACCCGGAUUUCUCCUACCGCAAGCGUCUGGAUGUGGACUUCUCUCACCUUCUAGAGGUGUGUGUGGAUAAGGCACGGGCAGAUGAAUAUGAGCAGAGGGCUUUGGAGUUAGAGCAGAAGUUUGAUGAAGAGAUCAUGGGGAGACAGGAGGCCUUGGCCGAGCUCCUGAAGAAGGAGGAGAAAAUCAAUGAGCUGGAAGCAGAGGUGCAGGCCUUCAGAGCUCAGUUUGGGACCGCUCCAGUGGGCAUGCCUACAGCGCAGUCUGUCCCAGCCAUGUCGUCUUCUUCGUCAUCCUUUCCAGCAGGACCUCCUCCUCCACCCCCUGUUGGAGCUCCUCCUCCUCCUCCUCCUCCUCCUCCUCCCCCACCUAUGCCAGGCUGUGCUUCCAUGCCCGGAGUACCUCCUCCGUUUGGUGUCCCUCCGCCCCCGCCUCCUCCAGGACUGGGGGGUCUUAUGUCCUCCCCCACUCGGUAUGUGCUGCCGUUUGGUCUUCAGCCCAAGAAGGAGUUCAAGCCCGAGACCAUCAUGAAGCGCCUCAACUGGUCCAAGAUCCAUCCACAGAAAAUGACCGAGAGCUGUUUUUGGGUUGUCGCCAGCGAGGACCGCUAUGAAGACGAGGACCUGCUCAGCCGUCUCGCUCUCGCCUUCGGCUCUCAGAGACCCGCCCGGCGAGAUGAGGAGGAGCUCGAGGAGAAGAAAUUCAUUAAGAAGAGAAUCAAAGAGCUGAAAGUGCUGGAUCCUAAGAUCGCCCAGAACCUGUCCAUUUUCCUGGGUUCCUUCCGUUUGCCUUAUGAGGAGAUCAGGAGGAUGAUCGUGGAGGUAGACGAGGAGCAGCUAACGGAACCAAUGAUCCAGACUCUGGUGAAGCACCUUCCUGAGCAGGAACAUCUGACUGCAUUGGCCAAGUAUAAACAAGAGUAUGCCAGUCUGUCUGAACCUGAACAAUUUGGGGUUGUGAUGAGUGUUGUGAAGCGCCUGCGGCCGAGGCUGAACUCCAUCCUGUUUAAGCUGCAGUUUGAGGAGCAGGUGAGUCACAUGAGGCCGGACAUGCUGGCGGUGAGCGCGGCGUGUGAGGACGUGAGGAAGAGCAAAGCCUUCAGCAAGCUGCUGGAACUUGUGCUGCUCAUGGGCAACUACAUGAACACAGGCUCUCGCAAUGCCCAGUCCUACGGCUUUGACCUCAGCUCCCUCUGUAAGUUGAAAGACACCAAGUCGGCUGAUCAGCUGUCCACGCUGCUUCACUUCCUAGCUGAGGUGUGUGAGGAGAAAUUCCCUGACGUUCUCAAAUUUGUCGAUGACUUGCAACACGUGGACAGAGCCAGUCGAGUCUCGGCGGAGAACCUGGAGAAGAGUUUGAAGCAGAUGGAGAAGCAGCUGCUGCAGCUGGAGAAAGAUCUGGACACUUUCAGCUCCCCUGACAACCAAGAUGACAUGUUCCACAGCAAGAUGGCCAGCUUCUCCAUUCAGGCGAGGGAGCAGUACCAGAAACUGGUCAUCAUGCACAGCAACAUGAACGCGCUGUUCCAGAACGUGCUGGAGUACUUCGCCGUCGACCCCCAGAAGACCUCGGUGGAUGAACUCUUCACAGACCUGAGCAACUUCAGAGCCAUGUUUGUGCAAGCGGUGAAGGAGAACGGGAGGAGGCGAGAGGCGGAGGAGAAGCAGAGGAGAGCGAGGGCUGCCAAAGAGAAGGCCGAACGCGAGAAGCAGGAACGACAGCAGAGGAAGAAGAGGUUGCUGGAGGUCAACGCAGAAAAAGAUGAGACUGGCGUGAUGGACAGUCUGCUGGAAGCGCUGCAAUCCGGAGCUGCUUUCAGAGACCGACGGAAGAGAGCACCUAGGCCCCGAGAUGAAGCAACUCACAUGGUCAGCCAAAGGCCAGUUCUGAAAGACUGCAAUCACGAAAACACAAAGGUACCUCUGCAAAGGUCACGGUCUCGGCAGAAUAUCAAUUUCAGCCUUGCGCGAGCCCCCAUUUCCAAGGAGGCUCAUUAUGAGAGCGAGGCCCAUUCAUCUGCGGCACGGAGAUCAGCCCACCGCCCAGAGAGGGAGCAGGAGAAGGAGCGAGCGAGAGAACGAGAGCGUGAGAAGGAGCAAACUCGCCCCAGCUGCUCAGCUAACGGAGAGACCGACGUGGAGGCUCUUCUAGCCCGGCUCCGCGCCCUGUGAUAACCUCACCUCUAUCACCCAAUGCUCUUUAACCUCUCUCUUCCGUAUACAUUCAUAGUGGCCCACCAUCUCUUUUGCUCUAAUGACUACAAACGAGCACGAGCACACAAACAACAGAAGAAACGUCUUGACACUUAGCCUUUCCUUUCACAUGUCUCUGGCAUGUUGUUUUUGAUAGAAGUGCUGCCAUUGACCAAAUAGUUCAACUCAGGAUGUUUUUGUUUAAGAAUGGUUAAUGGUUGAGAACAACACAAAGUUUACACUUCUCAACGUAUAAAAGGAGACGUGCAUUUGUAGAGAGGUUUGUGUGCGUAAGUAAGAAGAAAGUUAUUCUCUACAACCCAGCGCUACAGUGCUGUCGGAACGUUUUCCGAGGUCUUGGGCAGAAAAUGGCGUUUAAAUGCUACAGCACCUCGUCUUUAAUACAUGUGUGCACUUUGGAUAUAUCCUUUUAUUCUAUGCAAACUCAUUAAAUGUCUUUUCAAAAAAAAUAUAGUUUAUUUGGGAAUUGUUUUAUCUUUUAGAAUUGCGCAUCCCAAUAUGUAGUGAUGGUGGGCUCAGAGAUAGUAAUGAUAUAUCGAUAGCACAUCAUACUAUAGAUAAAUUACAAAUAUAUAGUUGGGUUUAGGAUUCAAUGCAUAAAAUUAAACCAUAAACCUGCUGCUUUUGCUGCUAAAAUAUGCCAUUUUCUUAAUAAUCUGUUCAAUUCCAAAUAAUCAUCCUUUGACGCUUGCUCAGGACCAAGAGCUCGGAAAGCAAUUUUAGAAAAACCACGAGCAAGUCAUGUUGAGUGAUGAGUUUUUUAAUUAAAUCUCACCCCCCCCCCUUCCCUUUUUUACAUUUUCUCCUAAUACGUUAAUUGCCCACUAGUUCCCACACACUCCAUAGUUUUCUCCCCUAUCAUAUAGCAGCUAGACAGCCUGAGAGUGUGAGGACCAACACAUGGUUUCUGUGAGAAAGCCAGCCGCUGCAUCAUUUCAAACUGCUACUGGUGCAAUCUUACAGGCUAGCCAGAUGCUAUGUGAAUGAUAUACUCUUUUCUGUAUUUGAGUGCAUGCACACCUUUGAUUGGCUAAUGUAAUGCAAGUCUGAUCAGCGAGGGUCAGACAAUUGCCAUCACUCCUAGAGAGAACGCAUCCAGUUAUCAUUUCUACAUAUUCCAUAUGACAGCAGCUGCUCCUGCUUUUGUAUUUGCUCAAUCCUAACACCAGCUUUAUCUUUUGAUUAAACAGACAUAUAAUAUGCAUUGUUCAUUCUUUGUAUGUGCGUGCUAAAAGGGUUACAUAAUAGAUUAGCUACAGGGAAAUCUCUCUUAAUCUUUAAUGUUUUGUUGUGCCAUCUCUUCUUCUGUUCAGAGCGAAUGAAUCUUCGAAUUAAUUGACCUGUAAUUCUCUUUCUUGUCAACAUAGUGUUAUCUUGUCUUUUCCUGAUUUAAUAAUAAUCUCAUGCAGUAUUAUCGAAUUGAACAUGACACCUGUGAUAAAACGAUGUUGUGGAUAUUCCCUUAAAUAUAUUAAAAGCCCUGCAUGUAUUUACUAACUUUUAUAUGUCCCGCAGUUUAUUGCGUAGGUUUGUUGGAGCAUUGCCAUUAAAGAAACUGAACACUG